AUGUUAUGCAAAUCUAUCUUCUUAACCGAACCUUCAGGAUUGUUAGAGCCUUCAGAACUAUCAGAACCUUUAGAACUGCUAGGAUCUUUAGGAUCUUCUACACCUUCUGGAUCUUUAGAAUCCCUCAAAUAUUCUACAUCUAUGAUGUCUUUUCGUAGAAAAUCAGUUGAACUACUUAGCAGAAAAUUAACCAAUUUGAUAAUAAUCAAUAAUGAUUUUUUACUAUAUAAUGUUCACAAUAAUGAUCCUGAUUCUUUGUCAGCAAGUAAAGAAUUUUUUUUGUUAUCUAAAGUGCCAUGA